AUGCUGGAGCUCAUGCCUUUUCCACCAAGGAAAGGGGCUGUCCCAAGAUAUGAAGUUGGCCGUCUUUAUGAGUUUCUACGAAGCUCAAGAAUUCUGAAGAGAAUACCUUUAGUUUGUCACGAUUAUGCACCCUCAGCAUUUUUAAUGUUGGCCAUUCUGAAGUAUGUGUUCCAGAAUCCAGGGUAUAAACCUUUAAGUUUUGGUACCUCCCAAAGUUUCAGGCAACUUUCUGGACGAAAGUCUUCAAAUGAAGGCAAUGCUCUAUCUGCAAUUGCUUCAAGGAUGCAAAUUCAACAUAAUCUUUGGUGCAGAAUCUUGCGAGGUUUAGAAGCCGCAAAAGACCUUUGGCCAUGGAGAAUGAUAAGAGAUUCCUCAAUUGAUCCCGAACUUCCCACCUUUAAUAUUCUUAAACUACCGAAAGAGACUCGUUGUGAAUUUGCCUUGACAAAUAUUCUCCAACUUCAUCAAAUUAUCAAGAGAUAUCGACUCCAAUAUGGGAAAGGCAUGACAAGGAACCCAAUCGAAUGA